AUGAAGAACCAUUAUCCUUUGUCAAGGAUCGAUGAUUUUUUUGAUCAAAUUAAGGAUGCGAAGGUCUUUUCUAAGAUAGACCUUAAGUCAAGGUAUCCCCAGUUGCAUAUUCAUGAGGCAUACAUUUACUGUAUAGCUUUCGACAUCAGGACAGAGGAAGAGCAUGAGGAGCAUAUGCAACUUGUCUUACAAUGUCUCCUUGAGAAGCUGUUGUACAUCAAUGUGGCGAGGUGUGAGUUCUUCCUGUCUGAGGUGAAAUAUUUUGGCCAUGUUAUUUCAAGAGAGAGUAUUGCAGUUGAUCCCUCUAAGAUUCAGGUGAUUGUAGAUUGGCCAACACCCACUAAUUUGGGUGAGAUUUUGAAGGAGUAUUUGACUAGUGCACCUAUUCUAGCAGUUCCCAAUCCCUUGGGUAAUUUUGUGGUGUGCACCAAUGCAUCUUUGGAGGGUCUUGGAGUAUUUUUCAUGCAAGAUGGAUGUGUGAUUGCCUAUGAGUUGUGUAAACUCAAAGAUCAAAGAGUUAUUCGCAGUGGUUCAUGUGUCAAGCAGCAGCGUUGGAUGGAGUUUUUGUGCCAGUAUGACUUCGAGCUGAAGUACAUACAAGGCAAGGAGAAUAUGGUAGUAGAUGCAUUGAGCCACAAGAGGAAUGAGGUGGUAGCAGUGGUUCUCAGUGUUGAUUUGAGGAGUCGUAAUCUUAGUUCACUUCAAUCAGAUGCUUGGUAUCAAGAAGUCAGAGAGGAGAUUGCAAAAAGGAGGCCUUUAGAUGAUAGGUAUAUAAGAUACUCUUUGGAUUCUGAUGGCCUUCUUUGUCAUAUGGGGUGUAUAUAUGUUCCACCUUCAUAUGGUCUUCAAGCAUUGAUUUUAUCAAAGGCUCAUCGUGCACCUUACUCGGCACAUCUAGGUGUGAAGAAGAUGCACAUGGAUUUGCAACAUUUAUAUCAUUGGGUUGACCAAGGUGCCUCAUUUCUUUCCAGUCAUAUCAUCCUACACAUUAGAGUCAAUGGCUCAUAUCGUUAUGGAGAAGAGAGUGAGGCUACAUGGUAUCCCUCAAAGGAUCAUAUCGGAUCGUGA